GACAGUCAGGUGUUAUAUGUGUGUGUGUGUGUGUGUGUGUGUGUGUGUGUGAGACAGUCAGGUGUUAUGUGUGUGUGUGUGUGUGUGUGUGUGUGUGUGUGUGUGAGACAGUCAGGUGUUAUAUGUGUGUGUGUGUGUGUGUGUGUGUGUGUGUGUGUGUGUGUGUGUGUGUGUGUGUGAGACAGUCAGGUGUUAUAUAUGUGUGUGUGUGUGUGUGUGUGUGUGUGUGUGUGUGUGUGUCAGGUAAGACGGAGCUGCUCUACCACCUGCUGUGUCGCUGUGUGUUGCCGGUGGCGACCGGCGGUCUAGAGGUGGACGUUGUGUUCGUGGACACCGACUACAGUCUGGAUAUGUUACGACUGGUCAACAUCCUGGAGAGCAGACUGAACACAGCUCGCUCUACCAGCUCGCCGUCAGAUGAGGCGGAGUUGCGUUCAUGUCUGUCUCGCCUCCUGGUCGUCCACUGCUCCUCCUCCUCCCAGCUCCUCCUCACCCUCCACUUCCUGGAGACCUCCUUGUCAUCCCGACCGGGACUGGCGCUCCUCCUCAUCGACAGCAUCUCCGCUUUCUAUUGGCCGGACCGCUGUGAGGGCGGAGCCAGCAUCGCUAAGCAGGAAGAGAAGCUCAGCAAGUGUACAGAGCUGCUGGGCCGACUGCUCAGGGAUUACAGAAUCACCGUCUUUGCCACCUGCCACGCCAUCAGGAGGAGCUACAGUGGACCUCCCUCCUCCUCCUCCUCCUCCUCCUCCUCCUCUGAGUGUGACCGGCCCUACCUCUGUCGCCGCUGGCAACGGCUGGUGACCCACCGGCUGCUGUGCUCCAGGCAGGAGGCCGCAAACAACAUGGCCGCCACAGCAGGAGGCAGCGUGGAGCAGAGGAGACGGCAGGUCUUCACUGUCAACUGCACCUCCUCCUCCUCCUCCUCCUCCUCCACGACGAAGAAGGCCUACAGGAGCACCUCCUUCUACGUGACAGACGGAGGAGUGGAGUUUAUCUGACCUGCUGCUGCUUUUAUCAACAGUUCUUUCUUUGUGUUCAAUAAAGUUCUGUUGUGAUCAGGAGUUAAUCUAUUAUCAUAUUAUUAUUAUUAUUAUUAUUAUUAUUAUUAUUAUUAUUAUUGUUGUUGUUGUUAUUAUUAUAAUAAUAAUAAUAUUGUUGUUGUUGUUGCCAGACGAUAUAAACAUCCGGGGCGGAGUUUUCAUUCGUUUAUAAUCACCUGAAAAUAAGAAUCAUUGUGUUUUUGUUACGUUAAAAUGAAUAUUUACUACUCUGAGGAGUCCGCCAUGUUUCUACGGUAGCCCAGAGCGGACAAACACUGGCUCCAGAGAGGAGGUUCACUUCACUGUAGUUUGUUUCUGGCUGUGGAGUUUGAAGUGAGGGAGUUGCAACCUGUAACUACUAGAUGGCACUGAACCUUCACACUGGUCCUUGAAUCCUGAGAUUGAAGUCAUGGAUAUAUUAUAUCUGUAUUUUUAUAUUGACAUGAUUGUUGUUUAUGUUUCUUGGUAAACAAAUAAAAACAAACAAAUGGUUUUACA